CCAUCCGUUGCCCAUCAACCAAGAGCUAGCACAGCACCGGUGGCAGUAGCAAAGUAGCAGCCUCAUCACUCAUCAGUGAGCGCAGUUCGAGUCGCCGGUACAGAUGGCUCCGUCUCGUCGCAUGGUCGCGUCCGCCUUCCUCCUCCUGGCCAUCCUCGUCGCCACAGAGAUGGGGACGACCAAGGUGGCGGAGGCGAGGCACUGCCUGUCGCAGAGCCACAGGUUCAAGGGCAUGUGCGUGAGCAGCAACAACUGCGCCAACGUGUGCAGGACGGAGAGCUUCCCCGACGGCGAGUGCAAGUCGCACGGCCUCGAGCGCAAGUGCUUCUGCAAGAAGGUCUGCUAGUGCAUGCUAGCCCCGCUGUCUCUGCAGUCGCAUUGCUCGUCGGCUGUGUAUCUGCAGAGAUUGUAGUCGCGUGUUCUCCUUUGUCUGUUGUUCAUGACGAGCUUCUGUUCUUGGCUUACAGGCUAGUUGAGUUGCUUUCGAUUAUCCUUGCUUAGAAUAAGUAAUAAGUACGCGCUGGAUACAUGCUCCAGCUUAGUUAGUUGUUGGGUAUUUGCAAGCUGCUGUCAUGUAAGGUUCCACAUUUCAGCAUUAAUGAAUUGGCAUACGUGAUGAAUCUGUGUGCUUACGAUCGUUUCAUCAGUUAA